GCCUUUUGGUCCUCGCAUCAGACCAUCCUACCUGUCUUUACCUUUGGCUCUGCUUGCCUUUACUGCUUACUGCGAUAUGCUUAUAGCUCGGUCCCCAUGCCGCAGCUUUUGACUUUCUCUCAUCAGCCAUGAACGCUCGCAGAGAGGGGAUUGACUUCUCCACUCAGAGACCCUUCAGCAGCGUGCAUUACAGCAACUAUGACACCGCUUUCCAGCAUCUGCAAGGCCACUCCAACUUCACAGCCGGUGUACUAGUGACCAUCUUAUCCGUAUACUGUAUCUUCAACUAUUUCGGCUUCGUUCCCUUUUCGCUGGCCCGUUUCGCGUGGGAUUUGACCGUCCGCUUGACCCCGUUACGACUGGUCGCCGCCCUCGACUCCACGAGACCCGACCCAGAGGACUCCUCCUCGUCGACGUCGAUGAGCUUCGAAGCGAAGAGCGAAGCGAUGAGACGAAUUCUCGGGCUUGAUAAUGGAUUCCUCUCCGCCCUCCUGCCUCGCGCGUCGACCUUCUCGGGCUUCAGCACGUCGCUCCUGAGCGGCAGGGACAACUUCCCACCCGGUCUGGGCAACUGGGACAACUCGUGCUACCAGAACAGCAUCAUCCAGGGGCUGGCAUCCCUCCACUCGCUGGAGGACUUUCUGGACAGGAACCUCGAGCGACUGGGCCAGCGGACCUCGGUUUCCACCCACCAGGCCCUCAAGGAGAUCAUCGAGCGGCUGAACAGUCCGGAAAGCUACGGACAGCGGCUCUGGACGCCGCCGGACCUGAAGUCUAUGAGUAGCUGGCAGCAGCAGGAUGCGCAGGAAUACUUUGCGAAGGUGGUGGAUCAGUUGGACUUCGAGGUGCGGCAAGCGACGCGCUGGCAGACGCGCAACCUCGGCCUGAAAAUGGCUGGGCCGCAGGAACAUGUCAUCGGCACUGGGGAUCGAGGGUCGGUGCAGGCGGAUCACGCUGUGGAUCUGCGGUUGGCCGCGGAACCCCAGCUCGUUGGAAACCCGCUGGAGGGCCUCCUCGCGCAGCGAGUCGGUUGUAUUCAAUGCGGGUGGACGGAGGGACUGUCUCUGAUUCCGUUUAACUGCUUGACGGUGCCUCUCGGGCCCAAGUUCGAGUACGACAUCCGGGAGUGUCUUCAUCAGUAUAUGCAUCUGGAACCAAUCGAGGGGGUGGAGUGCGCCAAAUGUACCUUGCUGCGCACACGGAGUCAGUUGUUGAAUCUGCUGUCCCAGAUUGAGGAGGAAAAGGGCACCCCGCCGACUAGUUCUGAGUCCCAGACGGUUUCGGCUGCUCUCAGGCAGUCGGCCCGGGAGCGUCUGCGAGCCGUGGAUGAGGCCCUCGAGGAGGAAGAUUUCACGGAGAAGACGUUGUCAGGGAAAUGCCACAUCCCUUCGAAGAGCCGGGUAUCGACGACCAAGUCACGCCAGGCCGUGAUUGCCCGACCUCCUAAGUGUCUGGCUGUUCACGUCAACCGCAGCAUGUUUGAUGAAAUGACAGGGAUGCUGCAAAAGAACUAUGCUGCCGUCAAGUUCCCGACGACCAUGGACCUGAAUGAAUGGUGCCUGGGAGGAUUGGCCCAAGAUCGAACCCACAAGGACAUAGAGCAGUGGGAAAUUGACCCUAGCAUCUCGAUGCUGUCGCGGGGUCGCGGUGACGAUUCCUCGCGUCGACUUUACGAGCUGCGAGCCGUGGUCACGCAUUAUGGUCGCCACGAGAAUGGUCAUUAUAUCUGCUACCGCAAGUACACGACAGAGGUUUUCCCGGCUCACGUACCGGAAGCCGUUCUCGAAGCGGACGGCGGCAAGGAGAAAGCCGAGCGAUGGUACCGCCUCAGCGACGAGGACGUGCAAAUGGUCAGCGAAGCGAGCGUCAUGUCCCAAGGCGGUGCCUUCAUGCUGUUCUACGAGGCAGUGGAGCCGAGCUCGACUGGGAGCGCGGACACGGACGAGCUGGCCUCGCAAGAAGGCGACCUCUCGCCGUCGUCGAUAUUCAGCCGGCCGCCGUCUGACAGCAUGUCGGCUACAUCAACCACGGGGGACUCUGUCUCGGACAGGUCGCAAACAACGAGCGUCACGGCUUCGCUGCCGGUCGAACCUCUUGGCGAGAAAUCUCCGUUGGGGUCGGAGGUGGAUUAAUGGACCCAUCCUACCUGACACCCGAACCUAUGUAUAUCAGCGUUAUGUGAUACCCCCUCAUGUGCACAACUCAUUCUCACGGCGUUUGAACUCCUGUCUCUCUUGGAAAAAGUUUCCUUUCUCGUUCUUCUCUCAUUGGACCGUGCUUCAGCUGCAUGAUCUGUACAACAAUGCUUGUAUUUUAGGAGGCCGGUGGGCGAUUAGGAGGCUCGAAGAUUCUUACAUCCAUCCCUUGCUUGACAAGGACUAAGCAUGCUAGAUCUAAUGAU